AUGGACGGCAGUGUCAAUGUACAGCCUGCCAAUCCUGGUCUUAAUGUAAUGGAUAAUCAAGCACAGGAGGGAUAUGGCGGAGACAACGCUAUGUUAACAGGACUCUCACCCAGGUCAAGGUACUCUACCUCACGGAAAAGGCUUAUAUCAGAAAGAUCCUCCCUUGUCUCUCGUGUUUCUACCAUCUUUACCCCACGGAAAAAGCUCACCAGUUUCAGUGCAGCUCCAGGAAGCAGUCUAGGCAAUUUUAGCAGACCAAACGCUUCUGAAACCACUGCUUCAAUAAAAGACGCAGUACAGGACGCCUCUACCUCUGCCUACCACGCUGCCGGAGGCAUCACUCGAAAGGGUUUUGAACCAGUUGGUCAUACCGCCAAAUCGCCGCGAAAACGACGAUCCAUUUCGAUUUUGGGCAAGUUUCCCAAUAAGACCGGUGGUAGCAAGGAAGCGCAAAUGACCAUGACAUCCAUGUUUCCAGCUUCUGGCAACGUCUUCUCUUCGUCAUCUGUAUCCUUGGCCAUGCAUAAUUCACCCCAAUCGAAGAGUAAAAAGGAGCGGAGGGCUAGCGUAAGUGCAGGCGAGCGAUGGCAUGGGCUACAGCUCGUUGGCGCACAUGGUUACGAGAGUGGCGACGAGAUUGAUGAGAUCAGACGACCGAGUGAUUUGGGACCAGAAGCUGAAGUGAUGGGUGAAGAGUUGCAUGAUUGUAGUAGCCCGACGGGAUUGGGUGAGAAGCCAUUACCCGGCCUUCCUAUGGAAGCAACACGAGAAGGGGAUGCAUGUCUCUCUUGUACUCGCAGCCAUCCAGCAUCUCCUUGUUCCUCCGCAACUUCACCUGUAGCGCAAGCGAUCUCCAAUCCACAAAUCAUAGCCCACACUCUCCAUUUCCUGCCCAAGAGGUCUGAAGUUGCCCGACUCGCGACCAUAUCUUGCGUCUUCCUGGUCGCUGCAAGGCGAAUACUGUAUGGCUGUGUAGACCUGCGUCUGAACGUCGAUACCAGCUCACAGGGAGACCACGCCGUCGACAAUAAGCAAGCUCGGAAAAUUCAACGGAAAGCCCUGGGCAAAACACUCGAGUGCCUCGUUGGCUACAGUCUUCAGGAGAGAAACGGAGAGCUGUUCCAAGACACAUGGGGAUUUCUCAUGGAUGAAUGGCCGCAUGGGUGGUUCGAAUCCGACGAGAUUGGAGAUGAUGAUGAAACUAAUUCUGUGCUCGGUGGUGAUGCGGAGUCACAGUAUACGGCUUAUUCCGAUUCGGAUCUUACGUCCAAUUCGCCCAGCGCAUCGCAACUGUCGCUUGAUGCGCCGCACCAAACCAGCUGUCGACGCAGCUCCACUUCCUUGUGUUCAUCUAAUCUACCUGAACGACGAUAUGUUCACCGUCAGGAGCGACGGGAACGCCUUCAUGUCCUUCUCAAAACCCUAUUGGCCUCUGUACCCUCCUUGACAACGCUUAUGUUGCCAGCAUUUGAACUAGGCAUAUUGAAGUACCACACUGCGUUUGGAUUGAAGGAGGUUACGUUUUUGAACCGAAGAAUGGCCGAUUGGGAGAAGGAAGGGAUGCUGGGAUGGCUAGACGGGAUUGUGGGUGUAUUGGGGGUUAGGCUUCCUCGGUUGAUUGAGGGAGAUGGAGAUGUUGAAGAAGAAACGACGGUUGAUGAAGUGAUCCCUAGCAAGAGUGGCGAUGUAGAUGACGCUAACAACCAGCAACCUGUGGUUAAAGUGAAAGUCAACCUCGAGUCCGCUGACGAAAGUCAGAGAGAGGUUGUCGACAUUUCAAAUGCCGACGAUUCAGACUUUCCUCCUAGGAAGAAGAAACGGAAAACUCUUUUGAUCAUCUCCCCAUCGCCCGAUUCGUCUGCCCCGUCUUCACCUCCGGUCCCAAAUUUCCCUGGCACAUCUUUCCCUAUGCCUCCAAUGAGUCCAGUUUCAGCUUCGCUCUCGACACCCACUACCGCGCGUCCAAUAUCGAUGCUCUUCCCGUAUCUUACUCCUCCAUCGCCGGUCACUCCAUCCCCUCCAUCUCCAUUAACAUCGACACCGCAACGACCCGGAACGUUAACACCUGAACGAACAAGCUCUCGUACUUCUAGCCCCAUCACGCCACUUACCCCGAUAACGCCUAUGACCCCCGUAACACCUUUCACCCCUGGCUUCUACCUGCACUCCUUAGAGUCAUCAUCAUCGUCUGCCCUCGUGGCAAGUUCUUCGCCAGACAUUGAAAUGAAGCUUCGUCAGUUGGGGAAGAAGGAAACUCUACUUCCCGCACUGGAAGUUUUACAUGGUCCGCCAAGCUUGGUGGCGCUCUUGGUGCCUCGGAGGAGAAAGACCGUGAGGGAAGUGAGGCUGAACGUGCAUGGUACUAUUGUUGGCGGGCAGGUCAAAAUGGCACAGGUCGUGAAAGGCCUUGUGAGGAGAAGUUCAGCGAGAGCGGAUGAGAUCGGGCUGGGGAUCGAUAUGAAAGGUGAGAAGGAAUCGGUUAAAGAGAAGGAGAUGGAUGAGGGACAGAUUCAGACCCUCGCAUUCCAUUUCACUCGGAGUGUAGAUAGAAGGACAAUGGAGAAGGUUUUGGCCUCUGCUGGGUCAGCCGUAUAUCGAGGUGAGAGAGGGGGAAAGAGAAACGUGGAUCAUGGGCGAGACCAAGGUGUUGAUACGCUAGAGAUCAUCGCGGCCUGCACAGGACAUCCGAAUAGCCGAAAGAGUGACGAGGCGAUGUACAAGACCAUUCAUGCUGUCUUGCCACGCUAUCGAUCUCUUCAUAAUCUCGUUAUGCGUCUAGCGGACCCCGAGACAGGGGACUUGCUUCAUACAGCCGCCCCUAUUACGAGGCACACUACAUUAUCACUCACUUCGUUGAUUUCGUCGCACCAUGAGAGUACCAUCAACAUCACGAAUCCGGCAAAGUCUUCCGGAAUAAUCGAUACCCCUCAAUUUAUGAUACCUCCCUCGUUACCGCCAUCUGGAAAUGGCUGUAAUUAUCCUCAUACCCAAAUCGUUCAAGAUCAUUGUGAAUCUUCGCCAUGCCAUCCUCCAGCUUCGGAUGGUCUAGCUUCCCCGCUUGACCAAGUGGCAGGUGUUUUUACUUUCCCUCGGAUGGCUUCGCCACCUCCCCCUGACGUCGCUUCACCUGCACUCUCUGCUGGAUCUAUACGUUCCCUGGAAAUACAAAAACUUCGGGAUCGGAAAAUGAUGAGACGCUUUGGUAGUGUGAGUCAGAGAAGCGACUCAUUAGUUUCAGCCAACUCCUCUCUCUGUCCACCUCGAUCUAUCCUCACUUCCAUAUCUUCCCGUCCCUCCUCACAAGACUUUCUGUCGAUAAACGGACAUCACGGACACCAGGACUAUGACGACGAAUCCGACCAAGGAACAAUUCAUUCAAGCACGAUUUCUCACAAGAACAAAAGUGUGUCUAGUCUCAGUCGAAGCUUGAAGCGUGCAGGAAGUGUAAAGGAAAGUAUUCGCAGUCUCAAGAAAUUCCAGAGUCUUCAUGGGCUGUCGAUCAUGACUGCCACCAAGGCGAUAGCACAAGUGGUUACUACUCGGGCCACGAACAAUUUUCGAACGAGAAGUACGAGCAGUACGGUGGGUAGUGAUCCUGCGGACGUUGACGCGAACGCGAAUACGUUCGCAUUUAAUCAAUUUAUGUCACCGACAACAUGCACGGGAACGGGUACUGCGACGCGAGUGGCGGUUAAACCGUUGGAGGAGUCGUGGUCCUCGAGGGGGGAGGAGAACGGUAAUGGAUAUCUUCCUGGUUCAGAGAAUGCCAUUACACCUUCACUUCCUACCACGGCAUCCCCGGAUGUGAAGUCAACACCGAAUGACUCAUCCUCGUCGGUUCUUACCUCCUCGCAGCGAAGACAUAUAAGUGCAUGGAGGAAACAAUGCUCAUCGUUGAGUCGAGUACUUUUUGUGAAUGGCGCUGUGUGGGAGCGGAAUUUGUUUCAGUCGUGA